CCGAGCUGGCUUCAGUGUAUAUUAUGACGCGAGAGUGAGAGCACGUACGCCGCCGCUCGCUCCCGGGGCCGCACAUACCCCCGUCCAUAUAUCCGUCCGUGCCAUGUUUCAGGUCAUUAUUAAGGUCAAAAAUGCUUCGCUUCUUCAGCAAGCGUGUGGGGCGGCGCGCGCAGAAGUACAAGAGCGUAGAUGAAAGCGGAAAUCUACAACCCGCUUAUAAGAAACAUUCCCUCCCGUGCAAAGUGCUUCUCCUGGAUGAGACUGACCUCGCUUUUGAUGUCCCCAAGAAGGCGCUGGGACAGGAGCUAUACGAGAGGGUGUUCUACUCUAUGGACAUAAUUGAAAAGGACUAUUUUGGAUUACAAUACACAGACCACAAUCAUGUCCCUCAUUGGCUUGACCCUACAAAGUCCAUCAAGAAACAGGUGAAGAUUGGUCCACCCUACACGUUUAGGUUCAAGGUCAAGUUCUACAGUUCGGAGCCCAAUCUUCUGAGAGAGGAACUUACGAGAUACCAGUUCUUCCUGCAGCUUAAACAUGAAAUCCUGUCGGGGCGCUUGGAUGUCCCCUACUCGUCCGCCGUGGAGCUGUUUGCCCUCAGUUUGCAGUCUGAACUUGGCGACUAUGACCCUGAUAUUCACACCCCGGGCUUUGUGUCUGAGUUCCACUUCUGCCCCGGCCAGACCGACGCCAUGGAGGAGGAUAUUCUCGAGAAGUACAAGGAAUUCAGUAACCCUUCCUCUCCCUGCAGCGGCCUGACCCCAGCGCAGGCGGAACAAAGCUAUCUCAACAAAGCAAAGUGGCUGGAAAUGUAUGGGGUGGAUAUGCACACUGUUCUGGGCAAGGACGGACAGGGGUAUCGCCUAGGCCUAACCCCGACAGGCAUCCUUGUGUUCGAGGAUGAGGCCAAAAUCGGUCUGUUUUUCUGGCCCAAAAUCACGAAGCUCGACUUUAAGAAGAAGAAGUUGACAUUGAUGGUGGUGGAGGACGACGACGAGGGGAGAGAGCAGGAGCACACCUUCGUCUUCAGGCUGCACAAUGAGAAAGCCUGUAAGCACCUCUGGAAGUGCGCCGUCGAACACCACUCCUUCUUCAGGCUCAAGGCUCCCAGCAAAGGACCGUCAGGCAGGCAGAGCUUCUUCAGGAUGGGAUCACGCUUCAGAUACAGCGGCCGCACAGAGUUCCAAACCACACUCCAGCAGCGGACAAGACGAACUGUUCAAUUCGAGCGUCGGCCGUCCCAGCGGUUCGCCCGGCGCCAGAGCCAUGUUUUGCGCGAGAAACAGCGACGCAGCGUGUUUGGGACUACAACAACAGCAGCGGCAACAGCGACAGCAUCAGCGACGACAACAACAGCUGACCAGAAAGCCAACAACAACAAUAACAAUGUGAAUAAGGCGGAUCUCUCGGGCGACACGGACAUCAAUGCCAAGAGCUCCGUUGUCCCCGCCUCUGUGUCCUCCCCCUCCUCCCCCGCCCUCGCCAAGAGUGUGGGGGGGUCGCCCAUUGCUGUAGGGGCGGCUGGGGGGGUGGGGGUUGUGUCCACGCCCCCCCCGUCACCCUCAGCGGCCGCCAGUGCUGGUGUUGGGGUGCGGAAAACCGUGGUGGCGGCCGAUCUCGCCCACCACCACCACCACCACCACACCACCACCACCACCAUCACCUCCAACCCCGCCGAGGACCGUUUGGACACCCUCCUGCGCACCAUUGCCAAGAACACCUCAGGGGCGCCCUACCUUGACCGGGGUGUGAACGAGCUUGCCCAUACCCCCGCCCGCAGCCAGAAAGAGGCGUUACUGGACUCGCUAACCCUCUCCUCCCUCCCCUCCUCCUCCUCCUCCUGCUCCUCACCUCCUCCCUCCUCCUCCUCUGCCUCAUCUCCUUGUGUGGGUAACGCUGACGCAGAAACUCUCCUCAACAAGAUGAAGAACCUUGAACACAACACCACCACAACCUCCACCACCCCCACCACCACCGCCACCACCACCACCACCACCAGUCAACCACCCCCAGGGAAGGUCAAGGAUGUCAACAUUGCGGUUGUGGUGGUGCCGAACAACCAGACCCUAGGGAAGGCCAGUGGUAUGGGGGUUCGGCCGAUACCUCCGGAACAUUUUAAAUCGAAUAUUCUGAAAGCUAAGGCCGAGGAGGAGCUGAAGAAGGUCCCCAUGCUGACCUCUGACCUGGACGGCAAGGUCACCAAGAUAAAGGUGUCCAACGGGGCAGACUCGGCAGCUUCAGGGGCAGAGGAGGAGGAGGAGGGCCCAGAGCCAGGGGUGUCUGGUCGAGUGCGGAGAAGUGGAACUGUGGACCUCAGCGGAACAAACGACGGAGCAACGUUUGUGGCAGUGGGAGGCGACACACUCACCCUGUCCUUGGGAGGGUGUGACAGCCUAGGGGGGGCGAGGAGGGGAGCUACCCCCACCCCCCCACCCCCCACCACCACCACCACCACCGCCUCCACCACCACCACCACCCUCAACCCGUUCAACCCCUUCGCUUCGAGCAUCUUCGGCAACCCCUUCAACCUCUCCCCCUCCCCCCCCUCCCCCUCCCUUGCCUCCAACCCCUUCUCCAAUCCCUUCUCCUCCUCCUCCUCCCCCUCUCUCCCCCCCUCCUCCCUCUCCUCCACCUCCUCCACCCUCUCGCCUCCUCUCUCCGAUGUGCCUCCCUCCUCCUCCUCCUCCGUGGGGUUGGAGGAAACAGAGGGUCCUCUUCUCCUCCUCUCUCCUCCUCCUCUUCCGAUGUCUUCCGCUUCCUCCUCCGCCUCUCCCCUUCUCUCUCGCUCCCCAUUCCCUCCCUCGCCCUCGCCCUCCCCCUCCCCGAUGGACCCUACGGCUGGGCUUGAUAUAGACAAGGACCAGACCGACAGUGCCUUCAUCACCGCCUCCACAACCACCACUCCGCCCAACACCACCUCCACCUCCUCCACCACCACCACCAACUCCACCAGGACACCACCCACCCUCAGCCAAAUGUCCCCCUGGUUGGUGGCUGACCCCCCCGCCCCCCCCUCCACCACCACCUCCUCCGCACCUCCGAAAAUGCGGACGGUCAUCACCACUGAGCUGUGAUUGGAGGUGAAGGUGGUGGUGUUGAUGGUGGUGGUGUUUGGUGUUGAAAAAAGGUGAUCGGGCAGAAAUGAUUUAUAAUAGCCAAUGUUUUUUUGUGUGUGUGUGCGUUUGUGUGUGUGUGUGUGCGUUUGUGUGUGUGUGUGUGUGCGUUUUUCCUCUCUUCCCUGUUUGUGUGUGCGUGUGUGUGUGCGUGUGUAUAUGUGUGUGUGUGUGUGUGUGUGUGUGUGUGUGUGUGUGUGUGUGUGUGUGUGUGUGUGUGUGUGUGUGUGUGUGUGUGUGUGUGUGUGUGUGUGUGUCUGUCUCUCUCUCUCUCUCUCUCUCUCUCUCUCUCUCUCUCUCUCUCUCUCUCUCUCUCUCUCUCUCUCUCUCUCUCUUUAUUUUCCAACUUCUGAACAAAUACCGAAUGAGAGAGAGAGAGAGAGAAUUAAGGAAAAGAAAAGGAGAGAGUGAACGGAGGAAUGAGAGAGAGAGAGAGAGAGAGAGAGAGAGAGAGAGAUUGUACACCCCCUCAAAAUAGUACUGUCGCCUUCCUUUUCUCUUUCUCUCAUUCUACAUUUUAAAAGGAAAAAAAAGUUAAUCUCUAAGGGAACAAACAAACAAACAAACAUUAUAUAAUUAUCUCCUAUUAUCAUUAUUAUUAUUAUUAUUAUUAUUAUUAUUUGCGUUUGUGUGUGUGUUUGUUUGUGUCACCUAAUAACAUUUCAUAUACAUUCCAGGCUAUGAACAUUCUCCUUUUAUUAUUAUUAUUAUUAUUAUUAUUAUUAUUAUUAUUAUUAUUAUUAUUAUUAUUACUGUUGAUGUUGUUGUUGUUCUUGGUCUUGAUGUUAAUUAGUUUAGAUUCUCAUUUGGUUUCAUGAUUAUUAUUAUUAUUAUUAUUAUUAUUAUUAUUAACUUUGAUAUACAUAUACACUCAUAUAUACACACACUCUCUCUCUCUCUCUCUCUCUCUCUCUCUCUCUCUCUCUCUCUCUCUCUCUCUCUCUCUCUCUCUCUCUCUCUCUCUCU